UUUAUUUGACAUUUCAUUUAUAUUCCCUGCUUUGCAUUACUCGACAAUUUUUGGUUAACCGUGAAAUUUAGAUUUGUGAGAUUUCUUAUUAAAUCGGAGAAAUGACAAACACUGUGGAAACUUCAGGACAGGACGUUGAAAUGGAGGUGGAUCCAUCUAGUGAAAAUGCAGGAGACACAAAAAAAGAUCAAGGUGUCUCAACAAUAUUGGAAAUUCGUGAGCAAAUACGUCAGAUUGAGAGGGCCGUAGCGUCAAAGGAAUCUAGAUUCAUUUUGAGAGUGCUACGUUCACUUCCCAAUACGCGCAGAAAACUAAGCGCUGCUAUUUUCCGAAAUAUAGCUCAGUCAAUAUAUCCAGCAGGAACUGAUCGCGAAACUGCAAAUAGUUUGAUUCCGAAUACUCCGGCUGGAGUCAUAGAAACUGAAAUACCGAGAAGUCGUUCAGCGUCAAAGCCUCCAAUUGCUGAAGUCGAUGCAUACUUUUAUUUACUCUUGCUGGUUAAGCUAAUUGAUGAAGGAGACAUAAAACGUGCAGUUGUGUGUUCCGAAGCCCUAAUGUCGAAAAUUGCUGGGCAGAAUCGUCGUACUUUAGAUUUGAUUGGAGCAAAAUCUUAUUUUUACUACUCGCGAGUUAUUGAGCUUAACAACUGUUUAGAAACCAUAAGAGGAUUUCUUCAUGCUCGUUUGCGAACAGCUACUUUGAGAAAUGAUUUCGAAGGUCAAGCGGUACUAAUUAAUUGCUUAUUGCGGAAUUAUUUGCAUUAUUCACUUUACGAUCAGGCUGACAAAUUAGUAAAGAAGUCUGUAUUUCCGGUAUCAGCUAGUAACAAUGAAUGGGCACGAUUUUUGUAUUAUUUGGGCCGUAUAAAGGCAGCAAAGCUUGAAUAUAGUGAUGCCCAUAAGCACUUAGUGCAAGCUUUGAGGAAAGCUCCACAAAACGCGGCCGUUGGAUUUAGGCAAACCGUGCAAAAAUUGAUUAUAGUUGUCGAGUUGCUAUUGGGAAACAUACCAGAACGACAAAUUUUCCGUCAAGCCGCAUUGCGUAAAUCUUUGGCACCCUAUUUUCAGCUUACACAAGCUGUACGCUUAGGUAAUCUUCAGAGAUUUGGUGAAGUGGUAGAAAACUUCGGUCCGAAAUUUCAACAAGAUCAUACUUACACAUUGAUCAUUCGUCUAAGGCACAAUGUUAUAAAAACUGCAAUCCGUUCAAUUGGACUCUCUUAUUCACGCAUAUCGCCAAACGAUAUUGCAAAACGUUUAAUGCUAGAUUCAGCCGAAGAUGCUGAAUUCAUUGUGUCCAAAGCAAUUCGUGAUGGAGUUAUCGAAGCAACUUUAGAUCCAGAACAAAAUUACAUGAGAAGCAAAGAAAGUACAGAUAUAUAUAGUACACGCGAACCGCAGCUUGCUUUCCAUGAACGUAUUACAUUUUGUCUUGAUUUGCAUAAUCAAAGUGUGAAAGCCAUGCGAUAUCCGCCGAAAUCAUAUGGUAAAGAUCUUGAAAGCGCCGAAGAGCGGCGAGAGCGUGAACAACAAGACUUAGAAUUAGCUAAAGAAAUGGCCGAGGACGAUGAAGAUGGUUUUUAAGAAGUUUGAUUUAAAAAGUUUAUGAACCGAUAGCGUUGUCGCGCAAAAAAUUAAAUAUAAUCCCAAAAAUGAUUCUUAUAAAAAAAUAGUGUUUCUCUUCUUGGAGUGAAAGCAGACUAGCAAGAUUACAUAGUUGUAGUUUUAGAAAAUAUGCCUCACAUGAUUUCAAGAAAUGCUACCAAGUUAACAGUCUUCGCCAGAAUACGGGUUCGCUCUGAUUAUGUAGACCCCACUAUUGUAGGAUUAUGCUCCUGUACUCAACAUGUGUAUGUAUAUUACUUUCUCGAUAAAUAAGGAAAAUUUCUCAAAUAGUUUAUUUCUUCCUUACUUUCCUUACCAACCAAAUACAAAGAAUUUAAUAGAUAUUUAAAGAUAUGGCACUAGCUUUAGGAUGUUGAGAAAAAUGAUUCAUAAUCGUUUUUGAAAAAAAAAAAAUUUCAAAUAUAAAUUUGUGUAAUUUGCGAUUUCAGACUUAAUUCCAGUCAUAUAGAAUGAAUGAUAGCUGAAAAGAAAAAAGUUGCAGCUCAGCCAUUUUUUAUAAACAAAAAACUGUCAGGUAGG